CAGCGGCAGCCGCCUUAGCUCCUCAGAGCGCCGGCGGCGGCCUCGGCGGAGUCGGUGUCGGCGGCCGGGGCUGAGCUGUGAGUUUCCGAUCGAGAGCAGCAUUGGGGAAGAUGGCGGCUAGCGGAUCAAAAGAUUUGCCGAACACCGGACUCAGAGAACUCAGAGAUCGGUAAAAAUAAGCUCCUCCGAACCUUACUGACUGGGCCAUCAGUUGCUGAUCUGCGGUCAAAAUGAGUGGACUAGGUGAAAGCUCCUUGGAUCCGCUGGCCACUGAAUCCCGAAAACGCAAAUUGCCUUGUGACCCUCCAGGACAGGGUCUUGCCUACAGUGGUGAAAAGUGGAGACGGGAACAGGAGAGCAAAUACAUAGAAGAAUUGGCUGAGCUCAUAUCCGCAAACCUUAGUGAUAUUGACAAUUUCAACGUCAAACCAGAUAAAUGUGUGAUUUUAAAGGAAACAGUGAGACAGAUCCGUCAAAUAAAAGAACAAGGAAAAACUAUUUCCAGUGAUGAUGAUGUUCAGAAAGCUGAUGUGUCUUCUACAGGACAGGGAGUCAUCGAUAAAGACUCGUUAGGACCGCUUCUACUACAGGCACUGGAUGGUUUUCUGUUUGUGGUGAAUCGAGACGGAAACAUUGUAUUUGUGUCAGAAAAUGUCACCCAGUAUCUGCAGUACAAGCAGGAGGACCUGGUUAACACAAGUGUCUACAGCAUCUUACAUGAGCAAGACCGGAAGGACUUCCUUAAACACUUACCCAAAUCCACAGUUAAUGGAGUUUCUUGGACUAAUGAGACCCAGAGACAAAAAAGCCAUACAUUUAAUUGUCGUAUGUUGAUGAAAACACAUGACAUUUUGGAAGACAUGAACACCAGCCCUGAAAUGCGCCAGAGAUACGAAACGAUGCAGUGCUUUGCCCUAUCUCAGCCUCGAGCCAUGCUGGAAGAAGGGGAAGACUUGCAGUGCUGUAUGAUCUGUGUGGCACGCCGUGUAACUACAGGAGAGAGGGCCUUCCCAUCCAGUCCCGAGAGCUUUAUCACCAGGCACGACCUUUCAGGAAAGGUUGUCAAUAUAGAUACAAACUCACUUAGAUCAUCCAUGAGGCCUGGCUUUGAAGACACCAUCCGAAGGUGUAUCCAGAGGUUCUUCAGUCUGAAUGACGGGCAGUCAUGGUCCCAGAAGCGACACUAUCAAGAAGCUUAUAUCCAUGGCCACGCAGAGACCCCAGUGUAUCGCUUCUCAUUGGCGGAUGGAACCAUAGUGAGUGCGCAGACAAAAAGCAAGCUUUUCCGCAAUCCUGUAACGAAUGAUCGUCACGGCUUCGUCUCAACCCACUUUCUUCAGAGAGAGCAGAAUGGAUACAGACCAAACCCAAGUCCUGCAGGACAAGGCAUUCGACCUGCAGCAGGGUGCGGCAUGAGCAUGUCUCCAAAUCAGAGUGUACAGAUGUUGGCCAGCCGGACAUAUGGCGUGCCAGACCCUGGCAACCCGGGGCAGAUGGCUGGAGCCAGGUACGGGCCUUCCAGUAACGUGGCCUCGCUGACCUCAGGACAGAGCCUGCAAUCACCGUCUUCCUACCAGAACAACAGCUAUGGGCUCAGCAUGAGCAGUCCCCCCCAUAGCAGUCCUGGCCUUGGCCCCAACCAGCAAAACAUCAUGAUCUCUCCUCGUAACCGCGGGAGCCCAAAGAUGGCCUCACACCAGUUCUCUCCUGUUGCAGGUGUACACUCUCCCAUGGGAUCCUCUGGCACUACGGGGAGUCACAGCUUUUCCAGCAGCUCUCUCAGUGCCUUGCAAGCCAUCAGUGAGGGUGUGGGAACCUCUCUUUUAUCUACUCUGUCUUCACCAGGUCCCAAAUUGGAUAACUCUCCCAAUAUGAAUAUAAAUCAACCAAAUAAAAUUAGCAGUCAGGAUUCUAAAAGCCCCCUCGGCUUAUACUGUGAACAGAAUCCAGUGGAGAGUUCGGUGUGUCAGUCAAAUAGCAGAGAUCACCCCAGUGACAAAGAAAGCAAGGAGAACGGUGGGGAGGGGUCAGAGACUCAAAGGGGUCCCCUGGAGAGCAAAGGCCACAAGAAACUGCUACAGCUACUCACGUGCUCCUCUGACGACCGAGGCCAUUCCUCCUUGGCCAGCUCUCCCCGGGAUUCAAACUGCAAAGACUCUUCCGUUAGUGUCACCAGCCCCUCUGGAGUGUCCUCCUCAACAUCGGGAGCAGUGUCUUCCACCUCUAAUGUGCAUGGGUCUCUGUUGCAAGAGAAACACCGAAUUUUGCACAAGCUGCUGCAGAAUGGCAACUCACCAGCGGAGGUCGCCAAGAUCACUGCAGAAGCCACUGGGAAAGACACUAGCAGUUCUACUUCCUGUGGAGAAGGGACUGUCAGGCAGGAGCAGUUGAGUCCUAAGAAGAAGGAGAAUAAUGCCCUUCUCAGAUACCUGUUGGACAGGGAUGACCCCAGUGAUGUGCUUGCCAAAGAGCUGCAGCCCCAAGCAGACGGAGGGGACAGUAAACUGGGUCAGUGCAGCAGCUCUACCAACCCCAGCUCCAGCCACGAGAAAGAGCCCAAAAUUAAGACGGAGACGAGUGGGGAGGUAUCUGGAGACCUGGAUAAUCUAGAUGCUAUUCUUGGUGAUUUGACUAGUUCUGACUUUUACAACAAUCCUACAAAUGGCAGUCAUCAAGGGACCAAACAGCAGAUGUUUGCAGGACCAAGUUCUCUGGGUUUGCGAAGUCCACAGCCUGUGCAGCCUGUGCGUCCUCCAUAUAACCGAGCGGUGUCUCUAGAUAGCCCUGUUUCUGUUGUCUCAGGUCCUCCAGUGAAGAAUGUCAGUCCUUUCCCCAUGCUACCAAAACAGCCCAUACUGGCUGGGAAUCCAAGAAUGAUGGAUAGUCAGGAGAAUUAUAGUGCCAAUAUGGGAGGACCAAACAGAAAUGUUCCUGUGAACCCAGCUGCUUCUUCAGGAGACUGGGCCUUAGUUAACUCAAGGGCCAGCAGAAUGGAACCUCUGGCUUCAAGUCCUCUGGGAAGAGCAGGAGGAGACUACAGUGCCACUUUACCAAGACCUGCCAUGGGGGGCUCAGUGCCUACCUUGCCUCUUCGCUCUAAUAGACUACCAGGCACAAGACCAACUUUGCAGUUGCAACAGCAGCAACAACAGCAGCAGCAGCAGCAGCCACAGCAGCAGCAGAUGCUUCAAAUGAGAACUGGUGAGGUUCCCAUGGGAAUGGGGGUCAACCCCUAUGGCCAAGCAGUACCAUCUAAUCAACCGAGUUCCUGGCCAGAGGGCAUGCUGUCUAUGGAACAAGGUCCUCAUGGGACUCAAAAUAGGCCCCUUCUUAGAAAUUCUCUGGAUGAUCUGCUUGGGCCACCCUCUAACCCUGAAGGCCAGAGUGACGAGAGAGCUCUGCUGGACCAGCUGCACACACUCCUGAGCAACACGGAUGCCACAGGCCUGGAGGAAAUUGACAGGGCCCUGGGCAUUCCUGAACUUGUGAGUCAGGGACAAGCUUUGGAGUCCAAACAGGAUGUUUUUCAAGGGCAAGAAGCGGCAGUAAUGAUGGAGCAGAAGGCAGCACUAUAUGGACAGACAUACCCAGCCCAGGGUCCUCCAAUGCAAGGAGGCUUUAACCUUCAGGGACAGUCACCAUCUUUUAACUCCAUGAUGAGUCAGAUAAGCCAGCAAGGCAGCUUUCCUCUCCAAGGCAUGCAUCCUAGGGCCAGCAUCGUGAGACCAAGGACAAAUGCCCCGAAGCAGCUGAGGAUGCAGCUUCAGCAGAGGCUGCAGGGCCAGCAGUUUCUGAAUCAGAGCCGGCAGGCACUUGAAAUGAAGAUGGAAAACCCCACUGGUGCUGCUGCUGUGAUGAGGCCCAUGAUGCCCCAGCAGGCCUUCUUUAAUGCCCAAAUGGCUGCCCAGCAAAAACGAGAGCUGAUGAACCAUCACCUGCAACAGCAGAGAAUGGCGAUGAUGAUGUCACAGCCGCAGCCUCAGGCUUUCAGCCCACCUCCCAAUGUCACGGCUUCCCCCAGCAUGGAUGGGGUUUUGGCAGGAUCAACAAUGCCACAAGCCCCCCCACAGCAGUUUCCAUAUCCAGCAAACUAUGGAAUGGGACAACCACCAGAUCCAGCCUUUGGUCGAGUAUCCAGUCCUCCCAGUGCAAUGAUGUCAUCAAGAAUGGGGCCUUCCCAGAAUGCAAUGGUGCAGCAUCCUCAGACUGCACCCAUGUAUCAGUCCUCAGAAAUGAAGGGGUGGCCGUCAGGGAACCUGGCCAGGAACAGCUCCUUUCCCCAGCAGCAGUUUGCCCCCCAGGGGAACCCUGCCGCGUACAAUAUGGUGCACAUGAACAGCAGUGGUCACUUGGGACAGAUGAACAUGACCCCCAUGCCCAUGUCUGGCAUGCCCAUGGGUCCUGACCAGAAAUACUGCUGACACCUCCCCAGUGGGACUGAUACGGAAGUCACUGUACAGAUGGCCCUGCACAUGGUCAUCGGGAGGUAACUGUCUGGGUGUCACUGUCUAGGCACCCAGCUUGGAAGCAAGGGCCAGUCUGACCACCACUGGGUGUUCCGAGUGCUGCCAUUUGAGCGGAACUGGGUCAAGCUGAAGCCCACUGUCUACCUUAUUGAUGCCCUGCCUCUGUGGCAUGGUGUUCUGCCUCAUGAGGACGUGAUUCUGGAGAUAGGGGUGUUAGUGGGCACCACUCUCUCGUGUCAUUUCCUUCUGCCUCGCCAGCCAAAGUCUUCACAUAAAUCUAGGUGGCUAGGUUUCUGUCUUGUAGCACUGGACGAGGAGCACAGCCUGCCUUCAAGUGUUCUGUCAGCAAGUAGCUCUGUGUUGCCCUUCUGUCCAGUGGAAUCAGUGUUUCUGCUCUUGUCCUUUCCAGGUGUAGUCCCCAGAGUCUGUCCUUGAUGAGGUCCCCACACCCUGAAUUCUCAAGGAUUUGUCAUUAAUGUUAAAUGGCUUUGCAGAAGAAGGGAAAAUGAGAUGACAAUAUUUAAUUUUCCCAUGCUAACGUGCAGCCAAGUGCACUUUACUUAAGAAGUCACGGAGAAAUGCAAUAUUCUUGAGGGCCUGAGGAAUGGUGAACCACAUUCCUGGUUUUUGUCUGCACUAGUCUGUCAGGACAAGAACAUGAUUCUUUUCUGUUUGUUUAAGUACUGGCGUCACCCUUUGCCUAUAUGGUAGAGCAAUAAUGCUUUGAAAUAAACUUGUGAAACCCAAGGCCAGGUACUGCACUCUGGAUCAGAAGCUCGCAGUGUCUCUGUGAAUAGACUUCUUCUUUUGUAAAUAUGAUCUUUUAAAAUAUUGUAUUAUGUGAAAAUAUGUACAUACCUCUUUUUUUUGUAGGUCACAGCAGCUCAUUUUUACAGAGUUUGUGAAGCUAAAUAUUUAACAUUGUCAAUUUCUGUAAGCUCCAUGCAGUGAGGCUACAAGCAGAGGAGACACCUGGAAUGCCGGAGCCUGGGGAGGAAGGGCAGCCUGAAGCUUUUCCCCCUUGCUUUAGAGGCCUCACUCUUCAGUCUCUUAAUUUAAAGGCUUUUAAAAGUAAUUAUUUGUUUAGAUGUAGGCAUUUAAAUUUUUAAAAAAUUUCUUUACCAGAGAACUACGCACUUUGUUAAUUUGGGGGGAAAGAAUAGAUAUGGGGAAAUGAGCUUUUAAAAACAAAAACCAAGAAUUAAAAAAACAAAAAAAGAAAUGAAGCAAAUUGAUUUUAAAAAAAAAAAUCUUGUGUUUUUUAAAGCAGUCCAUAAAUUAAACAAUAAUAGUUUUGGAAAAUUUGAGUAUGUAGCUCAUUCAUCAUUUUAGGGGUGAUUUCUGUUGCUAGGACCUGAGCCCCACAUUUAGAUAUUGAAGACCCUGGGUCCUUUGCUGUGUGGUCUGGUGUCUGCUCAGCUCUCCUGUUGUUCUGCUCAUGGGGUCUCUUACUACCUCUCUGCAUCAGGGUGCUGAGCGCAGAACCAGGUCUGCCAGUGCUCGAGGCAGAGUGAGGGCCUCCACACCCUCUACAGCCCCUCCCCCCAAUUCUCUCAACUCUUCUUGGCACCUCUUCUAGUCAGUUUGGAGUAGUGGAAAACCAAGUGUAAUGCCCUUUAUUUGGGUUUUCUUCGGUUCGGACAAUUAAGUGGAAUUGGGUUAUCAGACUAUCUGUAGCUUUCGGAUCUCUGCCAGCCUCGGUGUCAUUUUCUGAGAGCCAGUUAAUUUUUAAAACCCACACAGUUAGCCAGUAGUUCUCCAUCUCCUGGAGGGGGAGUAUCACUUCAUUCUGUGACCUGUCUAUGAACAAGUGAAGCUUGCAUUUCCAGAGCCACAUCUGUGUGGACUUGACUUCCGGCGUGUUUAGGUAUGACGGGCUUCCCCUGUGACUGACCCACUGUUCCGGGUUGUAAAUCCGUAAACUUCCAUUGUAUCCUUUGGUUUGCAGGUGACACCUCAAGUCUGAGUUGGGCUGAGCCUUCCUUGCUUAGACUGUGUGUGUAGGCUACAGUGGUGCUCCUGCCCUUUAACUUUUAAAGACAUCUAAAACCCAACUUUGUGAUUCUUUCCUCAGCGUCCCAACUCCAGGCUGACUGGUUGGCCACCUCCUUUUUGUAUGGGGAGAAAAUGAAGUUUAUUAUGUUUUUAUAUUUUCUACUUACUGAUUUUUAUUGGUGCAAAUUCAAAAUUGUGAGUUUCUUUUAGUAGUCUUGAGGAUAAUUUGCUGUUUUUACCUGGAUUGCCCUUUAAUCUUUUUUGGAUCAUUCUCUUUGUAUUCCUCUUGCCUACCUCACCUCCUCCCCCUCCCUGGCCCCUCUUUAAACCUAGGUGUCUUUGGGGCGAACAGUAUAAGUAAUCUUUUCAUCUGCUUUUAUGAUGUGAGACAUUUCCAGUACCUACUUUUUUGCUGAAUCCAAAGAUAUAUAAAUAAAAAUAUAUUUUAUGAAGAUCAAAGUGAUAUUAAGGGAACAUGUUUCUUCAAAAAUAAAUGAAGCUUACUGUUGCUGUUGAGCGCUUUCUCUCUAAAUUGUGCCCCCGCCAUGAACAGCUCUACUCAGUUCAUCAGGGUUAAACAGGACAUGAGUUGGGGCCAUGCAGCAGUGGGUACUGUGGAAGAUAAUUGGCUUGAUAAGCCCAGAAAUGUCUUGGGUCUGCUGGACCAUGCAGAGGGUCACCAGUUCCCCACACGCCAGCCUAGUCCCUUUCUGUCUGUGGCGGCCGUGAGUUGUUUCCAAGUGGGGUGUUAGCAGGAGCAAACCUCUAGGCUACCUCAGACUGUGGGCCCUGCCACGAAGCCACAGGGGUCGUUUCACCUCCAGUGCAGGCGACUAAAAACAGGGCGGUGUUUUGUUUCUUUCUGCCUCCUCCCUUUUUCUCUUCCCUUUGAAUACAUGGAAUUUUGAAGAAGAUGGAAAUGUCAUUCUGAGAGCAGUAAAUUCUCAGGAACUGACUGACACCACUGAGAACAAAUUUGGAUUUAAUCAAGUUUAUAUUAAGUGUCACUUAAAAUGAAGUCAUUCUUUCAUACUGCAAGGAAUGGAAACCAUGUGGGUGACUCAGCUGGAGCGAGCUUUGCCGACUGUCUGGAUGCUCUUGUAAAUAAAGGUUUCUAUUUAAACCUCA